GCGCUCCGGUCUCAGGCGGAACCUGGCAACCCAGGGCUGGUUCAGGGGCGGCGCUCCGGUCUCAGGCGGAACCUGGCAACUCGGGGCUGGUUAGGGGCGGCGCUCCGGUCUCAGUAGCUUCUGGAAGGAACCUCAUGGUUGCACCAUGGAGAAAGUUUCGGCAUUAAAAGACGAGGGAAACAAGGCGCUGAGCGCAGGGAAGGUGGAUGAGGCGGUGCGCUGCUACACGGAGGCGCUGGCCCUCGACCCCUCCAACCACGUCCUGUUCAGCAACCGCUCGGCCGCCCACGCCAAGAAGGGCGCCUACGAGAGCGCGCUCCAAGAUGCCUGCCAGACCAUCACCAUCAAGCCCGACUGGGGCAAGGGUUACUCCCGGAAGGCGGCGGCUCUUGAGUUCCUGGGCCGCUUGGAGGAGGCCAAGGCCACGUACCAGGAGGGCAUGAGGCAGGAGCCCAGCAACCCGCAGCUCAAGGAGGGGCUGCAGAACAUCGAGGCGCGGCUAGCAGAGAAGAAGAUGAUGAAUCCCUUCUCCAUGCCCAACAUGCUGGAGAAGCUGGAGAGCGACCCACGGACCUGCGGCCUGCUGGCCGACCCCAGCUACAGAGAGCUGCUGGAGCAGCUCAAGAGCCGGCCGUCGGAGCUCGGCACGAAGCUGCAGGACCCCCGGGUGAUGACCACCCUCUCGGUCCUGCUGGGGCUCGACCUGGCUGGGAUGGACGAGGAGGAGGAGCCCCGGCAGGCCCCGCCCCCCAGGCCCAAGGAGACCAAGGCCCCCGCCCCCAAAGAGGAAAACCUGCCCGACAACAAGAGGAAGGCUUUGAAAGCCAAAGAACUGGGGAAUGCAGCGUAUAAGAACAAGGACUUUGAGGCAGCGCUGCAGCACUAUGAAGAGGCCGUCAGCCACGACCCCAGCAACAUGACCUACAUCUCCAACCAAGCAGCGGUGUACUUUGAGAAAGGAGAGAUGGACAAGUGCAGAGAGCUGUGUGAUAAGGCCAUCGACGUGGGCAGAGAGAACCGAGAGGACUACCGACAGAUCGCCAAGGUGCUGGCUCGAAUCGGGAACUCGUACUUCAAGGAGGAGAAGUACAAGGAGGCGGUCCAGUUCUUCAACAAGAGCCUGACUGAGCACCGCACCCCCGAUGUCCUGAAGAGGUGUCAGCAGGCGGAGAAGAUCGUGAAGGACCAGGAGAAGAUGGCGUACAUCAACCCUGACCUGGCCCUGGAGGAGAGGACCCGCGGCAACGAGGCAUUCCAGAAAGGCGACUACCCCUUAGCCAUGAAGCAUUACUCAGAGGCUAUCAAGAGGAACCCCCGGGAUGCUAAGCUCUUCAGCAACAGAGCCGCCUGCUACACCAAGCUGCUGGAGUUCCAGCUGGCACUCAAGGACUGCGAGGAUUGCAUCAAACUGGAACCCAAUUUCAUCAAAGGGUACACACGCAAGGCAGCGGCGCUGGAGGCCAUGAAGGACUUCACCAAGGCCAUGGAGGUCUACCAGAAGGCUAUGGACCUGGACUCGUCCUCUAAGGAGGCGACGGAGGGCAUCCAGCGCUGCCUGAUGAGCCAGGCGGUGAGGAACGACACCCCGGAGGAGGUGAAGAAGCGGGCGAUGGGCGACCCCGAGGUGCAGCAGAUCAUGAGCGACCCCGCCAUGCGCAUGAUCCUGGAGCAGAUGCAGAAGGACCCCCAGGCCCUCAGCGACCACCUAAAGAACCCGGUCAUCGCCCAGAAGAUCCAGAAGCUGAUAGACGUGGGGCUGAUAGCCAUACGGUGAUGAGGGCCGGCCCAAGGGGGACCAGCCGCCUCCAGCUUCGCUUAUUGUCUUUUCUUGCCUCCCAGAUCGUCUCAGAAUAUACCGACCAGGGUUUGUUCCGCCUGGUUAAUGUUGUUUUGUUUAAUAUGUUGUCGAUCACAAGAGUUUGCAAUGUGUUGGGGAAAAGCGUUGCCCAUCCCCCGGUCAUUAUCAGAAACGCCCCCCGCCCAGAAGAAAAUUACAAUAAUUUGAAACGCACCAUGUCACAGUCCAAGUUCAUCAAGUAGUUAUUCAUGAAACGGUUUGAAAAGUAAUUCAAAGCACAAGUGUUCUUCAUGUGUCAUUCUAAUCUGAUUCCCAAUAUUGCAUUUGGUCGUAUCUCUAAUGAGAGAAAGCAUGUGGGUGUUCCUGAAGGCUCCAGUCCUGGGCCAUGGUGGGGCCAUGAGGGAACCUUUGACAAGGAUUAGGCAACGGUCGGCUGUCUGAUGGAAUAAAUGUUUCUUGUGUACCUUA